AUGGCGACGCCGCAUACGAAGAGUCCGAAGAAGGACCCCAGAGCCUGGGAUGCACUAACGCCGCCGCUGGCUGAAUGGAUUCUCGAUGCCGUCUCGAGUAUGGGCUUCGCCCGCGCCACUCCCGUCCAGGCCAGCGUAUGGCCGCUCUUCGGGGGCGGGAACAAGGACGUGGUAGUAGAGGCGGUUACGGGGAGUGGAAAGACGUAUUCAUUUCUCCUACCUCUUGUCCAUAAGAUCUUGAGGCUAGAAGAGCCGACGAAGCGGCACCAUGUGGCCGCCAUCGUCGUCGCCCCCACCAAGGAGCUUGCCGGCCAGAUUCACGCAGCCCUAUCCUCGCUUAUCGCUUUCCACCCCCCGUCCUCUGAGCUGCUGCCAUAUCUCUCAGGCGAGGAAAAGCGGCCAGCCACGAGCGAGCCUAUCAUCAUUCCUCAACUCCUGUCCGGAGGUAGCACGACGACCACCGCCCAGGAUCUCAGCUUCUUCUUGCGCGUAUCACCCAACGUCUUGGUAUCGACGCCUGGAAGACUGACCGAGCUCCUCUCAUCUCCCCAUGUGCACUGUCCACAGUCCUCCUUCGAGGUUCUCAUCCUAGACGAGGCGGACAGGCUGCUCGACCUCGGGUUCAAGGCGGACCUGCAGAAGAUCUUGUCGCGGUUACCGAAGCAGCGGAGGACGGGACUGUUCAGCGCCAGCGUCAGUGAAGCUGUGGGUGAGAUUAUUAGAGUUGGUCUGCGGAACCCCGUCAAGAUCGCCGUUAAGGUGAAGAGCCUGAAAACCGGUGGGAUUAUCGAAGAGAAGAGGACCCCAGCGAGCCUCCAGAUGAGCUACCUCGUCACUCCAGCGAGUCACAAGAUGCCGAGCCUGGCCCGGCUGCUCGAGAACCUCGACCCGCGGCCGCAGAAGAGCAUCGUAUUCCUGUCGACAUGCGCCGCUGUCGACUACUUCGCGCACGUGUUACCCGCGCUCCUUCCCGAGGGCUUCGACCUCGUACCGCUACACGGCAAGCUUGACGCCAAGGUUCGGGAGCGCAACUUUGCUAAAUUCUCGGGAAGCGCGAGCACCUCGGUCCUGCUCACGACCGACGUCGCCGCGCGCGGGCUCGACUUCCCGCAAGUCGACCUUGUCGUGCAGGUCGACCCGCCGUCGGACCCGAAGACCUUCUUGCACCGGUGCGGGCGCGCCGGACGCGCGGGCCGGCGCGGACUCAGCGUCGUGCUUCUGCAGCCCGCCGAGGCUGAUUACGUGCCGUUCCUCGAAGUGCGGCGCACGCCGAUAACCCCACUGGAGCGUCCGGUUGUCGCCGUCGCGGCGGAAGACGCCGUCGAGGCAACUCGCCGCAUCCGCGAGGUCGUGCGGCGCGACCGCGGGAUCCACGACAAGGCGCAGCGCGCGUUCGUCAGUUGGGUGCGCAGCUACGCGGCGCAUACAGCGGCGUCCAUCUUCCGGGUCGCGGACCUCGAUUGGGCGGACCUGGGCGCCGCGUGGGGCCUGCUGCGACUGCCGCGGAUGCCGGAGCUGCGCGCUUUCGAGGGGGGCCGCGGGCUCGGCGUCGAGGUCGACUGGGACGCGUACGCGUACCGGAAUCCGGACCGGGAGAAGAAGAGGCAGCUCGAGGCCCGGAGGGGGGCCGGGGCGGACGCGGACGCGGGGGGGGAAGAAGACGGGGCCGCCGCCAGGAAGGCGAAGAGGAUGCGCAACGCUGAGGCCUGGAGCGGGAAGCGCGAAAAAGAGGAACUGCGCGCUGAGCGCCGCGACAAGAAGAUGCGCAAGCGCGAGGCGGCGCGGCGCGGCGCGCUGACAGACGAGGAGCGGGCGCGGGAGGCGGAUCUAGAGACGUUGCUCAAGGAGGUGAGGAGACAAAACCGGGAGAAGUACAGCCAGGGUGGUGAUACUAUUACUCCUACUACUACUAGAGACGGGGACGGUAUACGGGACGAAUUCGAAGGGUUUGACUAG